AUGGACCUCCGUGUAACCAUGAAACCUCCACGUAGAGGGGUGAAAUACGCCCUCAAUCGACGACAUAUUCCGGCGAAAUCGAGUAUAUACCACUUCAAAUCCGGCACCGAUGAAGGGCAAAUUCCCCGAUGUUUUGGCCGAUGGAUAUGGUUCCCAGUUGGUCCUUAUGUGGAUUUACUCCAUGACGAAAAAGGUUGGUCAAAUUCAAAUCUUCGUGCUCGGCUGUUCCCAGAUAUUUCUGAUGCACGUUUGUGGCUGAAAGAUUUAGAAGACUUGGUUAUAUCCCUGAAUUAUUUGGCACUACAAGAUGUAGAUGUUGUCAUGCUUAUCCAGCUUGUUUUUAUGUUGAAGGGUCUUCACGGACAAGAUGUUAAAACGGGAAUUCCCGCAGCAGUAUACAAGCUUGCUGAUUUCUUUAAAUACAUUCAAAGAUCGAGAGGAUUCAUACGAUUCGAUCAGGGGCAUAAACAUGCAUUCCGUGGAGGACCCUCUAUGGACCUCCGUGUAACCAUGAAACCUCCGUGUAGAGGGGGUAAUUUUGUAAUUUCAACUCAUCCUUUUUUAGAAAAACUUCGUCUCCUCUUAUGGUCCUCACUAGUCCCCCAGUUGUCUUCGUCACUCCGCAUCGGUGUUGAUCGACUUCUUUUUCAUUUGACGACUUCAAAUCCGGUGAAAUACGCCCUCAAACGACGACCUAUUCUGGCGAAAUCGAGUAUAUACGACUUCAAAUCUGGCACCGAUGAAGGGCAAAUUCCCCGAUGUUUUGGCCGAUGCAUACGGUUCCCAGUUGAUCCUUAUGUGGAUUUACUCCAUGACGAAAAAGGCUGGUCAAAUUCAAAUCUUCGUGCUCGGCUGUUCCCAGAUAUUUCUGAUGCACGUUUGUGGCUGAAAGAUUUAGAAGACUUGGUUAUAUCCCUGAAUUAUUUGGCGCUACAAGAUGAAGAUGUUGUCAUGCUUAUCCAGCUUGUUUUUAUGUUGAAAGGUCUUCACGGACAGGAUGUUAAAACGGGAAUUCCCGCAGCAGUAUACAAGCUUGCUGAUUUCUUUAAAUACAUUUAA